AUGGCGAUCCAACUAUCUUUAACGCAGCUUCUGAAAUCAUGGGGCGUGGUUUCGACCGCUGUCGUCGGGCAGUCCAGUGGUGAGAUUGCUGCGGUUUUCGCCGCUGAAAUGCUCGACUUCGAUGACUAUGUGAGGGGAAGCAUCAUGGCAAUUGGCACUUGCAAAGAACACGCAGAGAAGAUGAUAGAACAGGUUCAUAGCGGGACUGUUGUCGUCGCCUGCAUCAACAGCGAUUUGAGCGUUACAGUUUCUGGAGACACUCACGCACCAGACGAACUGCAGACGUUGGUCGAGGACCAGGGCUUUUUCAAUCAGAAACUCUGGGUUGACGUGGCAUAUCACUCCCACCAUAUGUGUCCCGUCAAAGGAAUCGGUUACCUCUCCGAGAGAAAGGGAACUGAAAGGAAGUCCUUGACACACUCGAAACCCAGGGAGUCGAAGAAGAAGAACUUCAUGCUCUUUUGGCUGGAGCAAUUAGUGGCAAGAUGCCCAGCACCUGCAACUGCUGUCAAGAAGGCUGGCAAACGAGAAGCCGCACAAGCAUUGGUCAUGGAUGCUCUAGCUCACAAAAUGUCUACCUUGCUCAUGGUUUCUUUGGAGGAUAUAAUUCCUUCCAAAUCGAUCUCCUCCUACGGAUUAAACUCGCUCGUUGCCAUCGAGGUACGAAACUGGGUUUUCCGUGAACUGGAAUCCUAUCUGCAAAUCAUGGAGAUCGUUAGCGCUCCGUCUUUGGUUUAUUUGGCAGAUCGUAUGAUUUGA